AUGUCUCAUCUCCUGACAAGCAUCGCCACCAUCCUGGAUGUCUUCUACCAAUAUUGUGGCCAAGACGAGGAGUGUGAUACAAUGAGCCAAAGAGAACUGAAGGAACUUCUGGAAAAUGAGCUGCAGUUUAUUCUGGAGAAUGCAAAAAAUCAAGAUACUGUGGAUGAAGUGAUGCGUGAUAUGGAUGAAGAUGAAAACAGGAGAGUAGACUUUACUGAAUUCCUAUUGCUGAUAUUCAAAUUGACAAUGGCCUCCAACAAAGCUUUCAAGAAAAGGUAUUUCCAAGGUCAAAAGCAUCAUGAGGAAGAAGAACAAAAAGGGUGGGAUUCAGAUUCCAGUAAUUCAAGCUGGAACACCGAAGAGGAAUGUGGGACAUCAAAAAAACAGCAAUUACAGGAAACACAGAAAGUCAGGCAUUGGCCAACAUGGAUAGGGAGGGAGAGGCAAGAUUCUUUACUGAACUCAGAGAAGAGAAAGGACUCAAAGAAGAUAUACCAUAGGUCAACUUCAAGCAACUCAGGAAAUAGAAAUGAAGUUAAAACUGCAUCCAGCUCAAAGGAAUGGGAAGAGGGUAGACAGAAUUCAAGGAAAAGCCCUUCCAGGAAAUAUGGAGGAGAAGAAUACAAAACUGACUUUGAAAACUCAAGACUUUGGAGUGAAAAUGUAUACAGACACAAGAAGAGUACAAACGUAUUUGACAAAACAGAAACUAAAUUUAAAAAAAGGGUGCAAUCAGUCACCUUUGAGGAACAAGGAGAAAGGGACAACUGGCUGCAGUCAUCAAGCUCUGGAACGUACACUUCUAACUCUGACACAGACUCAGAAUCCGCCACAGAAACUGAAUCAGGUCCAACAUUGGGAUCUAAUGCAGAGAAAUCUAAAUCACAUGAAUUCUCUGGAUCUAAAACAUGUAGUUCAGACUCAAGUAAAUAUUCAACUAAGAGAAGACAUAGGUCAAACAAAGAUGAAAAAUCAGACACCUCUACAAUUCAGACACAAGGUACCAAUUCAAGCAAAUUCUCAAAUUCCAGUAUUUCUGAUUCUAGCUCUGACUAUGACUCAGGCACAACUUCAGGGUCUGCCUCAACCUGCAGACGAUCAUCAGGCUCUGGCCAAUGUGGGUCUGCAUCAGGUCAGUCAUCUAGCAGCCAGAGAUAUGGAUCUAGUUCAGGUAGAAGGCCAGGCAGUCAUGGUAGACAAGGACACAGGUCCAGUUCCCAGCAGUCUUCCAGUUCUGGCCACUAUGGCUCCAGCUCCGCUUCUGGCCACUAUGGCUCUGGAUCACCUCAGUCGUCUACCAGCAAGGAACACAGAUCUGGUUCACAUGGCAGAUCAAGCAGUGGUGGCAGACAAGGGCAUAGUUCCACUUCCAGACAGUCUUCCACGUCUGGCCAAUAUGGCUCUGGCUCUGGCUCCUGCUCAGCUUCUGGUUCAGGUUCAAGCUCAGGAUCCAACUCAAGCUCAGAGUCUGGCUCAGAAUAUGGCUCUGGCUCCAAACGAGGCUCUGGCUCUAGCUCUCACUCUGGCUCCAGCAAGUCAUCUAGCACUGGCCAAUAUGGGUCUGGAUCAGGUCAGUCAUCUAGGACCCACAUACAUCGAUCCACUUCAGGCGAAAGUUCAGGCAGUCAUGGUAGACAAGGACACAGUUCCAGUUCCCAGCAGUCUUCCCCCUCUGGCCACUAUGGCUCCACCUCCGGCUCCAGGCACUCAUCUGGCUCUGGCCAAUGUGGCUCUGGAUCAGGUCAGUCAUCUAGCAGCAAGGGACAUGUACCUGGUUCACGUAGCCGAUCAAGCAGUGGUGGCAGACAAGGGCAUAGUUCCACUUCCAGACAUUCCUCCACCUCUGGCCAAUAUGGUUCUGCCUCUGGCUCUGGCUCCUGCUCAGGUUCAGGUUCAGGCUCAGGCUCAGGCUCAGGAUUCACCUCAAGCUCAGAGUCUGACUCAGAAUAUGGCCCUGGCUCCAGCAAAGGCUCUGGCUCUGGCUCUGGCUCUGGCACUCACUCUGGCUCCAGCAAGUCAUCUACAUCUGGCCAAUAUGGCUCUGGAUCAGGUCAGUCAUCUAGCAGCCAGGGAAAUCGAUCCAGGUCAGGCAGUCAUGGUAGACAAGGACACAGUUCCAGUUCCCAGCAGUCUUCCAGCUCUGGCCACUAUGGCUCCACUUCUGGCUCCAGGCACUCAUCUGGCUCUGGCCAAUAUGGCUCUAGAUCAGGUCAGUCAUCUCACAGCAAGGGACACGUAUCUGGUUCAUGUGGCAGAUCAAGCAGUAGUGGAAGACAAGGGCAUAGUUCCACUUCCAGACAUUCCUUCAGCUCUGGCCAAUAUGGCUCUGGCUCUGGCUCUGGCUCCUGCUCAGGUUCAGGUUCAGGCUUAGGCUCAGGCUCAGGAUUCACCUCAAGCUCAGAGUCUGGCUCAGAAUAUGGCUCUGGCUCCAACCGAGGCUCUGGCUCUAGCUCUCACUCUGGCUCCAGCAAGUCAUCUACAUCUGGCCAAUAUGGGUCUAGAUCAGGUCAGUCAUCUAGGACCCACAGACAUCGAUCUACUUCAGGUGGAAGGUCAGGCAGUCAUGGCAGACAAGGACACAGUUCCAGUUCCCAGCAGUCUCCCAGCUCUGGCCACUAUGGUUCCAGCUCCGGCUCCAGGCACUCAUCUGGCUCUGGCCAAUAUGGCUCUGGAUCAGGUCAGUCAUCUGGCAGCAAGGCACACGUAUCUGGUUCACGUGGCAGAUCAAGCAGUGGUGGCAGACAAGGGCAUAGUUCCACUUCCAGACAGUCUUCCACGUCUGGCCAAUAUGGCUCUGGCUCUGGCUCCUGCUCAGCUUCAGGUUCAGGUUCAAGCUCAGGAUCCAACUCAAGCUCAGAGUCUGGCUCAGAAUAUGGCUUUGGCUCCAACCGAGGCUCUCGCUCUAGCUCUCACUCUGGCUCCAGCAAGUCAUCUAGCACUGGCCAAUAUGGGUCUGGAUUAGGUCAGUCAUCUAGGACCCACAGACAUCGAUCUACUUCAGGUGGAAGGUCAGGCAGUCAUGGCAGACAAGGACACAGUUCCAGUUCCCAGCAGUCUUCCAGCUCUGGCCACUAUGGUUCCACCUCCGGCUCCAGGCACUCAUCUGGCUCUGGCCAAUAUGGCUCUGGUUCAGGUCAGUCAUCUAGCAGCCAGGGACAUGGAUCAAGUUCAAGUGGAAGGUCAGGCACUCAUGGUAGACAAGGACACGGUUCCAGUUCCCAGCAGUCUUCCCCCUCUGGCCACUAUGGUUCCAGCUCCGGCUCCAGGCACUCAUCUGGCUCUGGCCAAUAUGGCUCUAGAUCAGGUCAGUCAUCUUGCAGCAAGGGACAUGUAUCUGGUUCACGUGGCAGAUCAAGCAGUAGUGGAACACAAGGGCAUAGUUCCACUUCCAGACAUUCCUCCAGCUCUGGCCGAUAUGGCUCUGCCUCUGGCUCUGGCUGCUCCUCAGGUUCAGGUUCAGGCUCAGGCUCAGGCUCAGGAUUCACCUCAAGCUCAGAGUCUGGCUCAGAAUAUGGCCCUGGCUCCAGCAAAGGCUCUGGCUCUGGCUCUGGCUCCAGCAAGUCAUCUACAUCUGGCCAAUAUGGCUCUGGAUCAGGUCAGUCAUCUAGCAGCCGGGGACAUCGAUCCAGGUCAGGCAGUCAUGGUAGACAAGGACACAGUUCCAGUUCCCAGCAGUCUCCCAGCUCUGGCCAAUAUGGCUCUGGAUCAGGUCAGUCAUCUAGCAGCCAGGGACAUCGAUCCAGGUCAGGCACUCAUGGUAGACAAGGACACAGUUCCAGUUCCCAGCAGUCUUCCAGCUCUGCCCACUAUGGUUCCAGCUCCGGCUCCAGGCACUCAUCUGGCUCUGGCCAAUAUGGCUCUGGAUCAGGUCAGUCAUCUAGCAGCCAGGGACAUCGAUCCAGGUCAGGCAGUCGUGGUACACAAGGACACAGUUCCAGUUCCCAGCAGUCUCCCAGCUCUGGCCACUAUGGCUCCAGCUCCGGCUCCAGGCACUCAUCUGGCUCUGGCCAAUAUGGCUCUGGAUCAGGUCAGUCAUCUGGCAGCAAGGCACACGUAUCUGGUUCACGUGGCAGAUCAAGCAGUGGUGGCAGACAAGGGCAUAGUUCCACUUCCAGACAGUCUUCCACGUCUGGCCAAUAUGGCUCUGGCUCUGGCUCCUGCUCAGCUUCAGGUUCAGGUUCAAGCUCAGGAUCCAACUCAAGCUCAGAGUCUGGCUCAGAAUAUGGCUCUGGCUCCAACCGAGGCUCUGGCUCUACCUCUCACUCUGGCUCCAGCAAGUCAUCUAGCACUGGCCAAUAUGGGUCUGGAUCAGGUCAGUCAGGCAGUCAUGGCAGACAAGGACACAGUUCCAGUUCCCAGCAGUCUUCCAGCUCUGGCCACUAUGGUUCCACCUCCGGCUCCAGGCACUCAUCUGGCUCUGGCCAAUAUGGCUCUGGAUCAGGUCAGUCAUCUAGCAGCAAGGGACAUGUAUCUGGUUCACGUGGCAGAUCAAGCAGUGGUAGCAGACAAGGGCAUAGUUCCAUUUCCAGGCAUUCCUCCAGCUCUGGCCGAUAUGGCUCUGCCUCUGGCUCUGGCUCCUGCUUAGGUUCAGGUUCAGGUUCAGGUUCAGGCUCAGGCUCAGGAUUCAACUCAAGCUCAGAGUCUGGCUCAGAAUAUGGCUCUGGCUCCAGCAAAGGCUCUGGCUCUGGCUCUGGCUCUGGCUCUGGCUCUGGCUCUGGCACUCACUCUGGCUCCAGCAAGUCAUCUACAUCUGGCCAAUAUGGCUCUGGAUCAGGUCAGUCAUCUCGCAGCAAGGGACAUGUAUCUGGUUCACGUGGCAGAUCAAGCAGUAGUGGAACACAAGGGCAUAGUUCCACUUCCAGACAUUCCUCCAGCUCUGGCCGAUAUGGCUCUGCCUCUGGCUCUGGCUCCUGCUCAGGUUCAGGUUCAGGCUCAGGCUCAGGCUCAGGAUUCACCUCAAGCUCAGAGUCUGGCUCAGAAUAUGGCCCUGGCUCCAGCAAAGGCUCUGGCUCUGGCUCUGGCUCCAGCAAGUCAUCUACAUCUGGCCAAUAUGGCUCUGGAUCAGGUCAGUCAUCUAGCAGCCAGGGACAUCGAUCUACUUCAGGUGGAAGGUCAGGCACUCAUGGUAGACAAGGACACAGUUCCAGUUCCCAGCAGUCUCCCAGCUCUGCCCACUGUGGUUCCAGCUCCGGCUCCAAGCACUCAUCUAGCUCUGGCCAAUAUGGCUCUAGAUCAGGUCAGUCAUCUCGCAGCCAGGGACAUCGAUCCAGGUCAGGCACUCAUGGUAGACAAGGACACAGUUCCAGUUCCCAGCAGUCUUCCAGCUCUGGCCACUAUGGCUCCAGCUCCGGCUGCAGGCACUCAUCUGGCUCUGGCCAAUAUGGCUCUGGUUCAGGUCAGUCAUCUAGUAGCCAGGGACAUGGAUCAAGUUCAAGUGGAAGGUCAGGCACUCAUGGUAGACAAGGACACAGUUGCAGUUCCCAGCAGUCUUCCAGCUCUGGCCACUAUGGCUCCAGCUCCGGCUCCAGGCACUCAUCUGGCUCUGGCCAAUAUGGCUCUGGAUCAGGUCAGUCAUCUAGCAGCAAGGGACAUGUAUCUGGUUCACGUGGCAGAUCAAGCAGUGGUGACAGACAAGGACACAGUUCCAGUUCCCAGCAGUCUUCCAGCUCUGGCCAAUAUGGCUCUGGCUCUGGCUCCUGCUCAGCUUCAGGUUCAGGUUCAAGCUCAGGAUCCAACUCAAGCUCAGAGUCUGGCUCAGAAUAUGGCUUUGGCUCCAACCGAGGCUCUCGCUCUAGCUCUCACUCUGGCUCCAGCAAGUCAUCUAGCACUGGCCAAUAUGGGUCUGGAUUAGGUCAGUCAUCUAGGACCCACAGACAUCGAUCUACUUCAGGUGGAAGGUCAGGCAGUCAUGGCAGACAAGGACACAGUUCCAGUUCCCAGCAGUCUUCCAGCUCUGGCCACUAUGGUUCCUCCUCCGGCUCCAGGCACUCAUCUGGCUCUGGCCAAUAUGGCUCUGGUUCAGGUCAGUCAUCUAGCAGCCAGGGACAUGGAUCAAGUUCAAGUGGAAGGUCAGGCACUCAUGGUAGAGAAGGGCACAGUUCCAGUUCCCAGCAGUCUCCCAGCUCUGGCCACUAUGGUUCCAGCUCCGGCUCCAGGCACUCAUCUGGCUCUGGCCAAUAUGGCUCUAGAUCAGGUCAGUCAUCUUGCAGCAAGGGACAUGUAUCUGGUUCACGUGGCAGAUCAAGCAGUAGUGGAACACAAGGGCAUAGUUCCACUUCCAGACAUUCCUCCAGCUCUGGCCGAUAUGGCUCUGCCUCUGGCUCUGGCUCCUCCUCAGGUUCAGGUUCAGGCUCAGGCUCAGGCUCAGGAUUCACCUCAAGCUCAGAGUCUGGCUCAGAAUAUGGCCCUGGCUCCAGCAAAGGCUCUGGCUCUGGCUCUGGCUCCAGCAAGUCAUCUACAUCUGGCCAAUAUGGCUCUGGAUCAGGUCAGUCAUCUAGCAGCCGGGGACAUCAAUCCAGGUCAGGCAGUCAUGGUAGACAAGGACACAGUUCCAGUUCCCAGCAGUCUCCCAGCUCUGGCCAAUAUGGCUCUGGAUCAGGUCAGUCAUCUAGCAGCCAGGGACAUCGAUCCAGGUCAGGCACUCAUGGUAGACAAGGACACAGUUCCAGUUCCCAGCAGUCUUCCAGCUCUGCCCACUAUGGUUCCAGCUCCGGCUGCAGGCACUCAUCUGGCUCUGGCCAAUAUGGCUGUGGAUCAGGUCAGUCAUCUAGCAGCCAGGGACAUCGAUCCAGGUCAGGCAGUCGUGGUACACAAGGACACAGUUCCAGUUCCCAGCAGUCUCCCAGCUCUGGCCACUAUGGCUCCAGCUCCGGCUCCAGGCACUCAUCUGGCUCUGGCCAAUAUGGCUCUGGAUCAGGUCAGUCAUCUGGCAGCAAGGCACACGUAUCUGGUUCACGUGGCAGAUCAAGCAGUGGUGGCAGACAAGGGCAUAGUUCCACUUCCAGACAGUCUUCCACGUCUGGCCAAUAUGGCUCUGGCUCUGGCUCCUGCUCAGCUUCAGGUUCAGGUUCAAGCUCAGGAUCCAACUCAAGCUCAGAGUCUGGCUCAGAAUAUGGCUCUGGCUCCAACCGAGGCUCUGGCUCUACCUCUCACUCUGGCUCCAGCAAGUCAUCUAGCACUGGCCAAUAUGGGUCUGGAUCAGGUCAGUCAUCUAGGACCCACAGACAUCGAUCUACUUCAGGUGGAAGGUCAGGCAGUCAUGGCAGACAAGGACACAGUUCCAGUUCCCAGCAGUCUUCCAGCUCUGGCCACUAUGGUUCCACCUCCGGCUCCAGGCACUCAUCUGGCUCUGGCCAAUAUGGCUCUGGAUCAGGUCAGUCAUCUAGCAGCAAGGGACAUGUAUCUGGUUCACGUGGCAGAUCAAGCAGUGGUAGCAGACAAGGGCAUAGUUCCAUUUCCAGGCAUUCCUCCAGCUCUGGCCGAUAUGGCUCUGCCUCUGGCUCUGGCUCCUGCUUAGGUUCAGGUUCAGGUUCAGGUUCAGGCUCAGGCUCAGGAUUCAACUCAAGCUCAGAGUCUGGCUCAGAAUAUGGCUCUGGCUCCAGCAAAGGCUCUGGCUCUGGCUCUGGCUCUGGCUCUGGCUCUGGCUCUGGCACUCACUCUGGCUCCAGCAAGUCAUCUACAUCUGGCCAAUAUGGCUCUGGAUCAGGUCAGUCAUCUCGCAGCAAGGGACAUGUAUCUGGUUCAUGUGGCAGAUCAAGCAGUAGUGGAACACAAGGGCAUAGUUCCACUUCCAGACAUUCCUCCAGCUCUGGCCGAUAUGGCUCUGCCUCUGGCUCUGGCUCCUGCUCAGAAUAUGGCCCUGGCUCCAGCAAAGGCUCUGGCUCUGGCUCUGGCUCUGGCUCCAGCAAGUCAUCUACAUCUGGCCAAUAUGGCUCUGGAUCAGGUCAGUCAUAGGUCAGUCAUCUAGCAUCGAUCCAGGUCAGGUCAGGUAGACAAGGACACAGUUCCAGUUCCCAGCAGUCUCCCAGCUCUGGCCAAUAUGGCUCUGAAUCAGGUCAGUCAUCUAGCAGCCAGGGACAUCGAUCCAGGUCAGGCACUCAUGGUAGACAAGGACACAGUUCCAGUUCCCAGCAGUCUUCCAGCUCUGGCCACUAUGGCUCCAGCUCCGGCUGCAGGCACUCAUCUGGCUCUGGCCAAUAUGGCUCUGGUUCAGGUCAGUCAUCUAGUAGCCAGGGACAUGGAUCAAGUUCAAGUGGAAGGUCAGGCACUCAUGGUAGACAAGGACACAGUUGCAGUUCCCAGCAGUCUUCCAGCUCUGGCCACUAUGGCUCCAGCUCCGGCUCCAGGCACUCAUCUGGCUCUGGCCAAUAUGGCUCUGGAUCAGGUCAGUCAUCUAGCAGCAAGGCACACGUAUCUGGUUCACGUGGCAGAUCAAGCAGUGGUGGCAGACAAGGGCAUAGUUCCACUUCCAGACAGUCUUCCACAUCUGGCCAAUAUGGCUCUGGCUCUGGCUCCUGCUCAGCUUCAGGUUCAGGUUCAAGCUCAGGAUCCAACUCAAGCUCAGAGUCUGGCUCAGAAUAUGGCUCUGGCUCCAACCGAGGCUCUGGCUCUACCUCUCACUCUGGCUCCAGCAAGUCAUCUAGCACUGGCCAAUAUGGGUCUGGAUCAGGUCAGUCAUCUAGGACCCACAGACAUCACUCCGGCUCCAGGCACUCAUCUGGCUCUGGCCAAUAUGGCUCUGGAUCAGGUCAGUCAUCUAGCAGCAAGGGACAUGUUCAGGUUCAGGUUCAGGUUCAGGCUCAGGCUCAGGAUUCAACUCAAGCUCAGAGUCUGGCUCAGAAUAUGGCUCUGGCUCCAGCAAAGGCUCUGGCUCUGGCUCUGGCUCUGGCUCUGGCACUCACUCUGGCUCCAGCAAGUCAUCUACAUCUGGCCAAUAUGGCUCUGGAUCAGGUCAGUCAUCUCGCAGCAAGGGACAUGUAUCUGGUUCACGUGGCAGAUCAAGCAGUAGUGGAACACAAGGGCAUAGUUCCACUUCCAGACAUUCCUCCAGCUCUGGCCGAUAUGGCUCUGCCUCUGGCUCUGGCUCCUGCUCAGGUUCAGGUUCAGGCUCAGGCUCAGGCUCAGGAUUCACCUCAAGCUCAGAGUCUGGCUCAGAAUAUGGCCCUGGCUCCAGCAAAGGCUCUGGCUCUGGCUCUGGCUCCAGCAAGUCAUCUACAUCUGGCCAAUAUGGCUCUGGAUCAGGUCAGUCAUCUAGCAGCCAGGGACAUCGAUCCAGGUCAGGCAGUCAUGGUAGACAAGGACACAGUUCCAGUUCCCAGCAGUCUUCCAGCUCUGGCCACUAUGGCUCCAGCUCCGGCUCCAGGCACUCAUCUGGCUCUGGCCAAUAUGGGUCUGGAUCAGGUCAGUCAUCUAGGACCCACAGACAUCGAUCUACUUCAGGUGGAAGGUCAGGCGGUCAUGGCAGACAAGGACACAGUUCCAGUUCCCAGCAGUCUUCCAGCUCUGGCCACUAUGGCUCCAGCUCCGGCUCCAGGCACUCAUCUGGCUCUGGCCAAUAUGGCUCUGGAUCAAGUCAGUCAUCUCGCAGCAAGGGACAUGUAUCUGGUUCACGUGGCAGAUCAAGCAGUAGUGGAACACAAGGGCAUAGUUCCACUUCCAGACAUUCCUCCAGCUCUGGCCGAUAUGGCUCUGCCUCUGGCUCUGGCUCCUGCUCAGGUUCAGGUUCAGGCUCAGGCUCAGGCUCAGGAUUCACCUCAAGUUCAGAGUCUGGCUCAGAAUAUGGCCCUGGCUCCAGCAAAGGCUCUGGCUCUGGCUCUGGCUCCAGCAAGUCAUCUACAUCUGGCCAAUAUGUCUCUGGAUCAGGUCAGUCAUCUAGCAGCCAGGGACAUCGAUCCAGGUCAGGCAGUCGUGGUAGACAAGGACACAGUUCCAGUUCCCAGCAGUCUCCCAGCUCUGGCCACUAUGGUUCCAGCUCCGGCUCCAGGCACUCAUCUGGCUCUGGCCAAUAUGGCUCUAGAUCAGGUCAGUCAUCUCGCAGCAAGGGACACGUAUCUGGUUCACGUGGCAGAUCAAGCAGUAGUGGAACACAAGGGCAUAGUUCCACUUCCAGGCAUUCCUCCAGCUCUGGCCGAUAUGGCUCUGGCUCUGGCUCUAGCUCUGGCUCUGGCUCUUGCUCCUCCUCAGGUUUAG